CUUAUCCACCUGAUGGAUCGCUUGUUCCACUUCGUGUAGCGAUGUACGUUUAUUCCGGAAGGCGGUAAUAGUGCGGGAUUAGUUCAAUUUCUGCUCUGUUGCACUGCAGGACAGGAACUUUGCAGUGUGUCAAGAGCACGCGUAGCAGACCGUCUGGAGCACGAUGAGAGCCAUGGCAUGGGCUUUCCACUCGCGGGUGGCAGAUAGCGUGCACUGCAGCGACGCUAGACCACAGAAGAAGAACGCUGAUGCACUGGGGGUCUUCGCGAGUGACCUGAAACCUUCCCUGACACUGAUGAAGGCGUUGGGUCUGCUGCCUAUAAAAGGCCUGCAAACAGCGAACCCUGUGUUCCGGCCAACUUCUGGUAUCUUCAUGUACUCGCUGGCGUGUUACCUGGUGAUGUCUGGCUUGGCGACCUCUGUCGUUGGCUACGUGCUCAUAUACCUGAGGAAGCACCAAGAUAACUAUGAUGGCAGCGUCUUCAACACGAUCUUACUUGUCUCUCUUGUGCCAAGCUUCUUGUUACACCCAUUGUACUGGUUCGAGGCAAAGAAGGUUGUCGCACUUCUGAAGAAGUGGGUGGAAUUUCAGGAGAUGUUUUUGAAAACUACUGGGACAAAACUGAAUCUUGGCCUGCGGCGCCUGUCGAUGAUCUUCACAAUGGCGGUGCCACUGGUCGUGGCCCUGAUAGUCAUGGCGGAGCUGUUUAUAUUCAGCAUACCGCUACCGAGUCUCACUGUUGCCUAUACCGUCACCGUCAGCAUGCUUGGGGACCACGGCAUUCUGUGGGUGCUGCAGUGCGCUGCCAUCUGCCGGUCGUCGCAGUUAAUAAAGGAUUGUCUCAAGUUGACGCUGCGCCGGAAGAGCGGCGCGGUGAGCCUGCGUACGCUGGAGGCGCUGUGGUUGCGCCUGUCGCGGCUCUGCACGGCCACGGCGCAGGCACUCUCCGCCGCGCACCUCCUCGCCACGAACAUCUGCUCCAUCGUCUUCCUCAUGAGCGCCUACGGAUUCCUCAUCAGCUUCGACAAACCCGACCUGCGUCUCAUCGCCGGUGGUCUCGGCGCCUACGCCCUGUUCAAUGUCAUCUACCUGGCCACGAUCUACAAUACCGGCUACAGUGUUGUCGUAACGAUGAAUGACUUCUGUGACGAAGAAAUUGAUGAUUUGAUUGCCAGGGACGAAAACAUUCGUGAUGAGUUACAUAAAUUUAUGCACGCUGUGAAGCUAAAUCAGCCAUCUGUAAGUUUCGCUGGGGUCGUAGAUGUCCACAGGAAGUUCAUGUCUUCGUUCGCGUCUACGAUGCUGACCUACAUUGUGGUGCUGGCGCAGUUUAAAUUUGGUGGCGAUACACCUGUUCCAGAGGCCCUGACGCCGGUCGGCGCUCCUACGACAGCCACGGAAGCAGCCCCGCGUUCCUAGGGGCCAUUGUUGGAACUGAUCAUAUUAAUAAACUGACUUUUUUUGUUUGUUCAUCCAAAAAAACUUCCGCAAUUAUCAACAGGAUAGGAAACAGUUCGGUAGUACUAAGCAACGUAUGGAAGGAGAGGCACACAGCAGUCAGUUCUGGCCCAUUAGUUUCUAUUGUUUUUGCAAAUUUAGAUUUCGGCUAUAAAUAGCCAUCUUCAAUACAUUUGCCUUACAGUUCAACAGACUCUCGGCAGUUCAUGUCACCGUGUGUUCUUACAGAGGUAUAGGCAGAAGGGCCUAUACGACGUAGCCAAUGAUAAGACUCUAAACCUGUUAGAACAACUGGAAAGACAGCUCCAUAGAAUCCAAAAGCCUGAAUCAGUGUUAAAUGAAAAGAUAGAU